AUGUCAGCCAACGACGUACUAGAUGUUCUCGAAAUUCAACGAGAUGAACUUCCAGCUCGCAAAAAGCAGAAAUUGUCCCCAGCAGUGUCAGAGGGUGCCGCAGGCAACGGCAGUCAACUGAAACCACUCACGGGAAUGGCAAGAGAGUUGUACAAUCUUGUGGGUCCUAACACGCCUUCACUUGGCCUAACGCCAACCCAAAAUACCAAGGAUCGAAAAGGGUUUAGACCAAGUCCGUGGACAAGAUUGAUUUUCAAGGCAAAAACAGAUGGGAUCGAGUUGAAGCAUUGGGUGAAAGGAUCCGAAAAUUUACAUGCGCUGGUGGAGGAGUCCCUGAAGCCGUACUAUUUUGAAAGAUUCAACGUGGAUAUAGAUAUUCCUGAAUUGGUGGACGAAGAGACUUACACAGAGAUUUGGAAGGACCUCGUGGAUGAGAAGCAAAGUAAGGCUGAAGAGAAAAGUCGACAAGAAAAACUGAGUACCGACAACAAUAAGAACCAACCAAAAAAUAACGAACACGAGCACAUCACAUCAAAAGAAAACGACACUACAAAGGACAAGAAAGAGGAGAAAACAUCACAUGAUAAAGCAGAGAAUGGGACGAUUGUCAAUACAUCAGCAGAGGGAGAUUUGAAAGACAAGGAGCAUGAAGACAUCAACGAAUCGUCUCAUUUCAAAGAGUGGAGUUACCAAGAAACUCGAACUUUAUUUGACCUUUGCAAAUCAUUUGAAUUAAAGUGGCCAAUUAUACAGGAUAGAUUUCCAAGCGGAGGUUUUUCAACAGAGGAUCUUAAGGAGCAUUUUUACAAUGUUUGCGAGAAGAUUCUUUCUCGACAAGAAAUAAAAAACCAGAGUCUCAUAGAUUCUAUCAGGUCAUACUCCAAAGAGAAAGAGAUUGAAAGGAAGCAGUAUCUCGAAAAUCUUCUUCUCAGGACCCCUGCAGAAAUUGCAGAAGAGGAGUCACUAGUCAUCGAAGCUAGAAGGUUCGAAUUGGCAGCAAAAAAGAUGCUUAUGGAGAGAUCCAACUUGUUGGGACUUUUAGACUCUCCGCAAUCUACCCAAAACGUUGCUCAAUUUCAGUCAUCACAAGGCAUUGCCAACUUGUACAGCAAUCUUUUGGCAUACGAUAAACACCAGAAGAAGAAGCAACAGCAACAGAAGCUAGUUGCACAGGAUCCUAUACCACCACCAAUACCUUUGGCUGCAUCAUCAUCUUACAAACGGGAUCGUGGCUUUCAAACUCAACUACAGCAGUAUCUUUCUAGCUUAUUGAAACAAAACUAUCACACAAGUUCAGCAAUCAAACAAGAUGCAAAUGCUAUCCACCAAUUACUAUUGAAACGGCUCACACAAAAAGAGGAGGAAGCGUAUGGAUUGUAUUAUCAUGGUACUGAAAAGUUGACCCCUGGUGUCACCUUGAGAUCUCAGCAGAGGUUGCUGGGAUUGCAACAGAAGCAAUCUGUUUUGAAAAUGGCCGCAGCACUUAUGCAAGAGCUAGACAUUCCUACUGCAGGUGGAAGUGCCGUCAAGCCAAUAAUGCCCACGAGGAAGACAAUGGCAAAGUACGAUGAACUCUUGAGGACUGUGGUGACUUUGUUGGAUGUGAAAAAGGCCAAAGACAAACUAGAAUCAGAAAUUUCAUUAAUCAGGAGCCAAAGAGGACUUCAAUAA